UUAUACCUGCGCCAAUCUGUUCCAUCCUGCGGCAUCCGACAUGAUCCCAUUCAACGCCGCUGCAGCAUGAGAAGCCGUGGAUGACAUCGAGAUCAAAUUGAAAGUGACUCGCAGAGAAACCACUGAUCCCUUUGACCUCGUGUGCAUUUCAUUUGCUCGCGGCUCUUCCUCGACCCACGUGGUAGUUAAUCUGACACACUGCACAUGUUUACUGAUUUGGGCCAUGGGAAUGGUUUUGCGUGGCGCUGUCCUGCCGUGCCAGCCAGCGUCGUGCGACCUCACUUCUUUCUUGUCUUUUUUCACCCACCGUUCCACAAGAGGUGUUUUUUGUGUUUGUUUGUUUUUUUUUUUUUUUGUGUUACAAUAAAAGGAAACUCCUCAUCCAUAUAAAGCUGCUUUUUAUUUGUUUUCUACCGCUGCAACACAGCAGGGAUUCGCUUGACAAGAUGCUUAAUGUUCUCCUCCGUUUCACGUCUCUGGUGAUGAUUCUUGCUGUGCUUACUGCUGUAACAAGAGAUGUUGCAACCCAGCAGAUUCCAACUCCACUACCGGUUUAUCCUGCAGUCAGAUUUCAGGUCCUCAAAGCUGAUCAUGUGGUUCUGAGACAGGAUAGUCCUGGACCACAGGGGAACUCCAGCCAGAAGGCUCACACAUGGACUUUCCUCAUCACUGAUCCAGGACCUGGUUUACUCCGGCCAGUUCUUAAUGCCUCGUAUGGUCCACUCAGUGUGGACGCCCCUAUUCCGCCGGAGCUGCUGCUCAGCGGGCGCAGGAUUGUGCCGGUCAUUUUAGGCCACCAGGUGCGUUCCUCAUCCCCGGUUGUCAAGAUCCUCUUCAACAUGCCUCGCGAAGUCGCCGGCGCUCAGGAAAAGUCGGAGGAUGGAGCUCAUUGUGUGACGGCUUACGCCUUCUGGGGGACGAGGGAAGUCCGCGGGGCGUGCCUGGUAUCGCCGGAUAGUUUCUGCGUGGCAGAACUGAAGCCGGAACCGGCCUGGUUCGGUUCGUCCACUCGAUCCGGCGGCUCCAGCAAAGAGGCGGGGCGAACCGAAGCUGCAAAGGGGUUUCAGAGCAAUCUGGUGGAGGUCUACUUCCAGAGUCGGAUGGACAAGACAGGCCAAUGUACACCACAGGAUAGUCUGCAACGAGUGGCAGUUGGGAGGGCGGGCGUCCAGGAAGGGUCAGGAACACCCAUGAGAAGGAUAGGGAGUGUUAACUUGCUUAAAACUCCACCUGGGAAUGCGACCUUUGUUCGUCUGAGAUUAGGGGGCGCCUUGGUCAUCCAGACUACUUCCAAACCACUGAAAUCCAAUGACGUUGUGACUUUUUACGUCUUCUUGGCCAGUACCUCAACCUUGGAGAGUUUCACACUUCGGGCGACAUUCAAGCCGGCGUUGUCGUUUAACGCCGUACGGCCCAGUGACCCGAUGCUGUGGGAUGUCAAAGCGGAGCCCGGCAGAGUCGUCAUACCGAACACCGUCUCUGUUGUAUGCCGGAGGAAGCUUGCAGUUACGGCAAAGAGGUCAAAUCUUCUUGAAGUUCUCCAAUUGGACCUGGUGGCAAAAUAUGUCUCUGAGCUGGUUGAGACUCACACCAUCUCCUGGAGACUGGAUCAACCAGGGAACGUCAGGGAUGUGGGCCAGAUGCGCAUCUACACCACCCAGAGAGACUAUGUGGGACUGGCCCCUCUGGUCAUGAGCACCGAUAUUUUGAAUACCGCCGUGCUAACGGGCAAAGUGGUGAAAGUGCCCGUGAAAACUUUAGCCGUGGAAGCCAGUGGCUCCGUCACAGAUGUAAGCAGCCUAACCAGCUGCAGGUCCACCGACAAAGAAGUGCUCAAGGUGUCCGAGCGCUGCGACUUUGUGUUUGUCACCGGCAAGGAGUCGAGAGGGAAGAGUCGAGUGAUGAUCAACUUCACUUACGGUUUCCUAAGCGCGCAGCUGGAGAUGAGCGUGUGGAGGCCCCGCCUGCCGUUACGCAUCGACGUGGCUGACCCCGAGCUCAACCAAAUCAAGGGCUGGAGAGUCCCCAUUCCCACCAGCAACCCAAAACCCACAUGGAAUAGCGAAGAGGAGGAGGAGAUGCGCAAGGGCAGGGGUUGCAUGCUACAGUAUCAGCACUCCACACUCAGGGUGCUUACGCCCUUCGAGGCUGACUCAGACGCACUGCCAGACUCGCUAACUGGGGCGAAGCCUGUCGAUUAUUUCCUGGGUCCUGAUUGGCAGGUGGACGUGACCAAUCUAGUGCGCUAUUCUCUAAAAGUGGCAGACCCAAAUGUGGCCCGGGUUCAUGAAGGAGAGGUGCUGCAGGGGCGAACUGCGGGCACUACUACUGUUCAAGUGCUCUCCCCUCUCACAUCAUCCGUCCUUGCUGAGAAGGCCAUCAGAGUGGUGGAUGAUAAAGUAAGUGUGAUGGAGUUGGGAAUACAGUUGGUGUCUGGACUCUCGCUGUCCCUGCAGCCCAGCCCGGGGAGCAGCGGUGCCAUUGUUGCCAUGGCAACCACCCGCCAGACGAUCACACAGCUCAAACAGGAAGCUGCCGUCAGUUGCUGGGUCGUAUUCAGCGACGGAGCCGUCGUCCCCCUGGCGGUCUUUGACCACAAUAUCUACUCCUUAACAGUCUCCACCCCAGACGAGGCCGUGGCUACCGUUCGCCGCACGCCGCAGUCCACGUUUGUAGUGGCGCAAAGCGAAAGCCACGGUCAGGGGGCGCUAGUCAGAGUGGAGUUGAGGAUCUGCGAGGAAUGCCAGAAAUCGAAGAGGAAGAGCAAGCUGGCAGUCGGGACGGGGCUCCUACGGAUGAACUUCCAGGGUGGGAUCCGAGCUUUAGACAGGCUUGGUAAAGCCAACAAAGGCGAUGACAACGGAGCUGCUUCGGAAAUGGCAGCAGAGCUUAAAACAACAGUGACGUCGGAGCCUGUAGUCACAGAUGCAGAUCAAGAUCGCUUCAGGACAGUCCCAGAAACGAGCAUUGUGACCGCAUUGUUGACCAGAACUGUGCAGCCACGUGUCGCUUGGACUGCAGCGACCAGCAAAGCCACAAAAAGUUCAACAUUUAUGGACACUCCCACUCCCAAUGUCAGUGUAGCGAGAUCUCCAACCACUGCCAGACCUGCUAAUACUACAGCGAGUGAUUUUGAUAAAGAUGGACAAAAGGGAGGCUUUGGCAACAUGCUUGACAAUCCAAAUUCACCCCCAAACAAAGGCAACGCUAAAGCAGAUGUUUCACACAAGAAAGAGCCUCCCAAAACCAAAUCCCCCAAAGUCAUUGAGAGUGACCUUAUACGCACGUUCCGCUCCAUGUCCGACUUGGAAAUUGGUAUAUAUUCCUUAGUGGCCGUGUUGUGUAUCGCGAUCUUGGGCUUUUUGCUUAACUGCGCCUCCUAUCGACUCUGUUUCCGCAAUCACAAGACCCCGACACAAGCUGGACCGACACCCAACGGGGACCCAAAGGAUCAUAAGCAUGACUGGGUGUGGCUAGGCAGUAACAAUCCGCAACCUUCAGCCUCGGGUGCACCCGCCCAAGUGUCAACGCUGACCCGCCGCUCUGCGGACGCCAAGGGCCACCGCGGCACGGAAAAAACUCUACCCUCCGUGUGCCCUGCCGCCGCCGCCGCCGGUGUUCCCGAAAGAACUGCCACCUUGGGACGAAGCCGAACCGGCUCCCAGCAGCAGCAGCUGCAAAGAACUGUUGUUGACUCCAUGGCGAACCGUUCGGCCACCUUGCUGGCUAGACCUCACCGCAGCGAGCCUCUCCACUCGCCCACCAGUAAGAGGAAUCAGGUCCAAUUCACCACUUUCACCACGCUGGACAUCAAACAUUUGGCUGCGCUGAAGAAGGACGGCGUGGGCUUUACUUGGACCGACCAGCAGCAACGGCAGCAGCAACUACAGCAGCAGUCUCCCCCUACCGAGCCACAAAUUCCGCUGCCUGAAAUGCCGUGGCCUGUCGUCAAACCUCUCGGAGAGCCCCACUGAGUUUUUGGGGUGCUUACACCAAAUCCACAGAAGCAUGUACAGGCAAAUUGGUGCACUAAAUGCAAGAUGGCUGUUUAUAUACUUAUACUAAGGAUCUGUAAAAACAAAAACGUAUUAUUUCCAUAAUGACCGCCCAAAAUCUUUCUCCUACAAUGGGACACUUGUGUAGACACUGCCGAUAUGUCAGGACAGAUGCAGUAUACCGGAGAAGAGAUUUAAAAAAAAAAUAAUUUCUGAUUAUGAUGAUGAUGAUUAUUAUUCGCCUUGUUUUUAGACUCCCUAAACCUCCUGCGGACUUUGCGCAACCGAGCAGAUGCAACAUUUGUCAUGUAAAUUUUUCUGCCACCGCAACAUCCAGCAAAUAUUUAUGGAAAUGAAAGUAUGCUAUGCAAAUAUAAUCUUUGCUGAGUUUUAUAAUUAAUUUGGGGUUAAGCCCCCCCCACCAACACCCCCCUUUUGUUUUUUCACCCGCGGCACUGAUGAUAUUGUAGGUAAUAGUUAUUGUCGAACCUACUUGUCUCUAGAAUGAAAAAGCAAUUCAUAUUCAACCAAUUUUAUUUGUACAUAUGAAUAUAUCAGGACACCUUUUGUAUCUUGCGUCCUGUUAUGAUGAAAGAAA